ACGGGUGAAUUCAGCCAACCAGACUCGGGAUGCUGCGAGCGCCGUGCCUGGAUCUCCAACGCUAUUGGCUGUUCUCUGGAGAGCGGAGGUUGUUCUGAUAUUAAUGAGUGUUGAGCAGAAAGCACCAUGUCUCUGUGACAGCUGAUCGAGGGGGAGAUGCGCCGUUAACCACCGUGGAAAAGGACACGGGGGAUAGAGGCUCUUCUACCAAUCCAACAGCUAUCUCUGCUUGUGGACUUUCGGUUUUCUGAUAGGGAACAAUACUGGGAAGAAGGAAAAUCUGGAGCUGGUCUCUCUCCAACUGCGUAAAAAUAAGAAGCCGCCGUCUAGGCUUGUCUGUGUUGCGCGCUCUCUCUCCUCCGUCUCUGGACCAGUGCGCUAGAUGGGGAUAUAGGGAAUACUUAUCUGUCGAUGUGAGAAGAUGACUAUUGCGGGUGGGAAUGGACUCAUUUGACGAUGCUGGCAGCUAGUAACAACGUCGAGAGAUGGAUGUGAUUCAUCUUCAAAAGAAAGCAGAGCGUUCUGGCUGCCCCAGAUGUGCUUAGCAGGACUGUAGCUUCCUGAGGUAUAUGUACCAUCGUUAUCUACUUGGGCCUGUAUGACUGAAGUCUUGACUCCAACCCUUACGCCCAGGAGGGAAAAUUGAGCGGUUGGACGCCAGUACAACCACAGCAAAACAAAAGCCCCCUGGGAAACGCUCCCUACCGGUGGGGGGUAGUCAGUCGCUAUAGCAACAGCAACAAAUUAUUCAUUAUUUGUGAAGUUAACAGCUCAGACCACUUAAUCCACAAAGACCAAUUACUUACUGGAGGGAAUCGGGCCAAUAUGAAGGACGUGUCAUUUGUAGAUUGUUUCUUCGUGGGCCUUGCCAUGACUGCCUUUGUUCUGGCCUCUGAGGAGAGAGUCGAUUGCCCUCAGCUAUGUGUGUGUGAGAUCAGACCCUGGUUCUCUCCCAGCUCCGUGUACAUGGAGGCCCCAAUUGUUGACUGUAAUGACUUGGGACUUUUCACUCUGUCUGGGAGAUUACCAACGGACACACAAGUGCUAUUGCUGCAGACCAACAACAUUGCAAAGAUUGAGAGACCUUUGGAUUACCUGGCCAACAUCACAGAGAUUGACUUGUCGCAAAACAACUUAUCCUCGAUGAGUGACAUCCACCUCGGGCGGCUUCCUCAGCUGCUGUCCUUGCACAUGGAGGAGAACUGGAUACGCCAGCUGCCAGAUAGCUGCCUGGCAGAGCUGGCCAACCUUCAGGAGCUUUACAUGAACCACAACCUGAUCUCCUCCAUCUCCCCCACGGCAUUCCAGGGUCUCCACAACCUCCUCCGGCUCCACCUCAACUCCAACAAGCUGCAGACGAUCAGUAGUGAGUGGUUCGACACCAUACCCAAUCUGGAAAUACUCAUGAUUGGGGAGAAUCCGAUCACCUCCGUUCAAGACAUGAACUUCAAGCCCCUUUGUAAUCUCCGAAGUCUAGUUCUGACCAGGAUGAACCUAUCGCAGUUACCCGACGGCGCUCUAUCUGGCCUCGACAACUUGGAGAGCAUCUCGUUCUACGACAACACCUUCCUCGAAGUUCCCCACGCAGCUCUGAGGAACUUAAAGAACCUCAAGUUUCUGGAUCUAAACAAGAAUCCCAUAGGGAGGAUACAGCGUGGAGAUUUUGCAGACAUGCUCCACCUCAAAGAGCUGGGCAUUAACAGCAUGCCGGAACUGGUCUCUAUCGACAGCUUCGCCCUCAACAACCUCCCCGAACUGACUAAGAUCGAGGCCACCAACAACCCCAGGCUCUCUUACAUCCAUCCCAAUGCUUUCUACAAACUGCCCAGGCUGGAGACAUUGAUGCUGAAUGGGAACGCGCUCAGCGCCCUACACAGGAUUACCGUGGAGUCCCUCCCCAACCUGCGGGAGGUGAGCAUGCACAGCAACCCCAUCCGCUGCGACUGUGUGGUCCGCUGGAUGAACAUGAACAAGACCAACAUACGCUUCAUGGAACCGGAUUCGCUCUUCUGCGUGGAGCCUCCCGAGUACGAGGGCCAGCAUGUCCGGCAGGUCCACUUCAGGGAGAUGACAGAGAUCUGUCUGCCUCUCAUCUCUCCUGAGAGCAUGCCCGGGCACGUCAGCGUCGACAACGGGAGUUCUGUAUCGCUCCACUGCCGGGCCUUUGCCGAACCCGAACCGGACAUCUACUGGAUCACACCUUCUGGUACCAGGGUCCUGCCCAAUACCGUUUCAGAUAAAUACUAUAUGCACUCAGAGGGAACGUUUGACAUCUACGAUGUAACAGAGAACGAGGCUGGACUGUACACCUGCGUUGCCCACAAUCUGGUCGGCGCAGACCUAAAGUCAGUCUCGGUGGAGGUGGAUGGAUACUUCCCCCGACCUGCCAACGGCUCUUUGGACGUCAACAUCAAAUCAGUGCAGUCCAACUCGGUCCUGGUGGCCUGGAAAGCCACCCAUGGCGGUCUGGCUCCUAACAUAAAGUGGUACAAGGCUUCCGACCCCAACCACCCGACCAUGGCAUUCACUGCACGCGUACCGUCUGAUGUGAAAGUGUACAAUCUCACACAUCUGACUCCCGCCACCCAGUACAAGGUGUGUGUGGACAUCCGCGGCAUCCUCUACAAACACGACACCAAAUGUGUCAAUGUCACCACAAAGGGAUUAGAGCUGGCGGCCAAGGACACUGAAAAGUGGCACGCGGCAGUAAUUGCUGUCUUUGGUGUGCUUCUCGCUGUGAUUUCAGUGGCCUGUCUGCUUAUUUAUGUGUCUCUGAGGAACCACCACCUUUGUGGGGAUUUAAGGAAAUGCCACUCCAAAGCGUCAUUGACACCGGUGGCCGGCCUGCACUCUCCUUUUACGAGGCUGUGGGUCUCAGGGAACGGACUGCCAACUGCAGUGGAAGUGAAACCCACAGUCAUAAAUGUAUCUGACAAUGCCUUUUAAAGAACUAUACGCCCGUGGAGCUUACCACACAAUCGCAAAGAAUGGACAAAGCGUAUAAAAAGGAGAAACCUGCAGUAACUGUUUAAAAAUGUGCAUCGGCUUCCUUUUAGCUUUGACUCUGACAUUCUGGAAAAAUAUACACCAUCAUUGAAUUGAGGAGUAACCGGUAGGAGGGAGACAGACCACUCUCUUGGUUACAACAUAGUAUCUGACGUGGCGGCUUUAUAACAAUGCAAUUGCUUUAUCAAGCUAACAUCACCAGGGAGACCGUUUUUCCCUGCUCAAACACACAGUUCGACAUCCCUGGGUUCUUCACAGAGUACAGAUAGAAUAAGAGAAUAUGAUGACGAUGGUGUUCUCUCUCUUGUAAUUGACUGUUAAAUGUGUUAAGAAUAGUGGAACUGUCCUUGUGGUCCCCAAGCAAUAGCGUCUGUGCUGUACAACAUCCAUAGGUGGGAUAGAGAUGACAACUGUCUAUAACGGAGGAACUAUGUAGUAGAAUAGACAAUAAUAAUGACUAUGGUGUAAAAGUUUUGAUGAAUAUACCCUUUUUUCUAUUUAGAAAGAGAGGAUUUUUGUUUUUUCAUUGAUAAAUUGUUAUAUAUUCUAUCUGCUAAUGUAAACAUAAAUCCUCUGUUGUAAUAUCUGGACAGUAAACUGGUGUGAUAUUAAUAAUGACAGACACAAAUUAAUCUCAUAACAUCAUUAUGCUAAAUAAAAUGAUACGGCGUAUGGGUACAGUAUAUAUACUGGGUAUUUAACAAAUGAGAGGGUAUUUAAGAAAUGGUUGUUUGCAAGUGUUUGAAGAAGGAUCGAAGUAUCUUGACAAAGGCAGACCUUGAGUUGAUGGUGAGUUCAUGGUCUGAAUGUUGCUGUCUGUCUCUGACAUCUCCCAGAGAGGAAUGAUUGUGGUUUCCCACUGGGCAAAAACUGGUUAAAUCAACAUUGUUUCCACAUAAUUUCAACAACAAAAAAUGAUAUGUGAUGACGUUGAAUCAAUGUGGAAAACUGAUUGGAUUAGAAAAAUGUCAUCAACAUAAGGGUAUUUCGUCUUUCCCCCCCAAAAUUUUAACCUAACUCCAAUGACAUGGUGGAAUUUGUUGUUGACUUCACGUUUAAUUCAAGUUGACAACUCAACCAAAUGAAAAUCAAAACUAGACGUUGAACUGACGUCUGUGCUCAGUGGGUUGUUAUGCCCCGGUAAGUGCCUACUACAAGAACUACACGAGAAGUACACAGGAAGUACACAAGAACUACUACAGAGAAAUAACAACAAGGCCAUGUCAUAUCUGCAGACUCACAAGCUAAUCUCAAGUACUUUUAGUGAAAAUACAUUCUUAGUAUUUUUGGCAUAUAAACAUUUUUAAAAAAACGUUGCGUUCUUGCUUUGGGUGUAAAGUUAUAAAAGCCAUUUUUUAUAUUGACUGUACUGUCUGUGAUAUCUGGGCACAACUGGGACUGAGAUAAGAAUCUGUGCUGAGGGGAAAAAAAUGUAAUAAACAUCAACGUUUCUUUGCAAUCAUAGGGUUAGUCCCUCUCUCCCCUUUCUUCAGAGUGCUGAAAUAAUGUGUAUUAUCUCACUACAUGACAAUCAUCACAGUGGACUUGAUGAAAACACGAUACAGCCUUUUGUGUUUCAUGACCUUUUAUAUUGCCAGGAAACCUUGAUAAUGGUCACCCGGCAUUUCAUAUAACAGCAAAAAUGCCUAUUGGAACACAAUGUGAAUAUACUGUAUUAUACGAGUUUGUAUGUAUUUUAGCCUACGUUGUUAUUCCCAGAUACACCCCAAUACAGCCUUAUUAACUGGCUCGUUAGGGACAUGUUCAUUCUUUAGACAGAGGUCUUGUGGUCUGAACAAACCCAGCAAAGUCAGUGUCACAGUCAAGUAGAGCGGAAAGACACAAUGUCCCAAUGACACAAUGUCCCAAUGACAACGCUCUGCAAGGGAAGUUAGCCGGUUAAAGCUUGCUCCAAAGCAGUCGGAAUCGGAAAAUCGCAUUAUAUUUGUUUCAUUAAGGAUCCGAUGCUGGAGUCCCGAACAUAAAAAUACCAGACAUGAUGAAUGUCUGUCAGGGGCAGAGUGACAUGGAGGAUUUAUCAGACAGGACCUGCCUCGUACAUCACUGCAGCCUUCAGCACCAUGGACAGGGCUUUUAGAGCUCAGCCAUUUGUCAUAGACAAAGGGAGCUAAAAUGUGAGCAGAGCCCCUCCGCUCAGGUAGUGGCUCAGGUCAGACUGAGCUGAACGUUGCCAGUCUGCCCGAGUCUGACGCACACAGAGGCACACACAGACUGUACAUAUACUACCGUUCAAAAGUUUGGGGUCACUUAGAAAUGUCCUUGUUUUUGAAAGAAAAGCACAUUUUAUGCCCAUUAAAAUAACAUCAAAUUCGUCAGAAAUACAGUGUAGACAUUGUUAACAUUGUAAAUAAUUUUUUUAUGGAAUAUGUACAUAGGCGUACACAGGCCCAUUAUCAACAACCAUCGCUCCUGUGUUCCAAUGGCAUGUUGUGUUAGCUAAUCCAAGUUUAUCAUUUGAAAGGCUAAUUGAUCAUUAUUAAAACCUUUUGCAAUUAUGUUAGCACAGCAGAAAACUGUUGCGCUGAUUAAAUAAGCAAUGAAACUGGCCUUCUUUAGACUAGUUGAGUAUCUGGAGCAUCAGCAUUUGUGGGUUCGAUUACAGGCUCAAAAUGGCCAGAAACAUCAUCAGUCUAUUCUUGUUCUGAGAAAUGAAGGCUCUUCUAUGUGAGAAAUUGCCAAGAAACUGAAUAUCUCAUACAACGCUGUGUACUACUCCCUUCACAGAACAGAAUAAACUGUCUCUAACCAUUUCUCAGAACAAGAAUAGACUGACGAGUUUCAGAAGAAAGUUCUUUGUUUCUGGCCAUUUUGAGCCUGUAAUCGAACCCACGAAUACUGAUGCUCCUGAUACUCAACUAGUCUAAAGAAGGCGAGUUUGUUUCAUUGCUUCUUUAAUCAGAACAACAGUUUUCAGCUGUGCUAACAUAAUUGCAAAAAGGUUUUCUAAUGAUCAACUAGCCUUUUAAAAUGAUACACUUGGAUUAGCUAACACAACGUGCCAUUGGAACACAGGAGUGAUGGUUGCUGAUAAUGGGCCUGUGUACGCCUAUGUAGAUAUUCCAUUAAAAAUCUCCCGUUUACAGCUACAAUAGUCAUUUACAACAUUAACAAUGUCUACACUGUAUUUCUGAUCAAUUUGAUGUUGUUUUAAUGGACAAAAAAUGUGCUUUUAUUUCAAAAACAAGGACAUUUCUAAGUGACCCCAAACUUUUGAACAGUGGUGUAUAUACACACAAGCAGGCAAGCACACACAAACAAACACAGAUACACACACACACACACACACACACACACACACACACACACACACACACACACACACACACACACACACACACACACACACACACACACACACACACACACACACACACACACACACACACCUUGUGAUAUCUUUACCCUGACGACAUCAUGAGGUGCUACUGUGGCUAAAAGCUGUGUGCUCUAUGUGCCCACAAGGAGAACAGUGUGUUCUUAGAAGAACCAACAGCUCGUGGGGUAUUAUUAUGUUUUAUCACGAACCCAUGAUUUGAUUACAUCCUUGGAUGAACAGGCUCAAGACUUAUCCACAAAUUCGUUUCUCCCCUCUGUCUACACCUCUCUCCCCAUCUCUCUCUCUCUCUCUCUCUCCCUCCCUCUCUCUCUCUAUCUCUCGAAGCGGGUAUGAACUCAGGUGAUAGCUUUUUCCCUGUAAUUGUACAUUCCCAGCCACCUAUUUGAGAGACAUCGGGAUUUAACUUAAAUCCUACAUGAAAAGAGCCAGUGAGGUGCAGCCAUUUAAUCCACAGAGGGCGUAAAGAGAGAGAGUUUCUGAUGAAUCUUCAAAUAUUUUCUUUGAAUCACUUUCUGCUAUUAUUUAAAAAAAAAUCCCCAUCUGCAAUGCUGAGAUAUUAAAGCAUUCUCUCUGUGCACAUUGGUUUUAUUAUCUAUGUGUAUAUUAAGGUAUUUCGGCCAGUUAUACAGUUCCAUUUAAUUAUGCAAGGAUCAUCUCUAACCAAUGUCAAUCUCCAUGGUGGUAGAAGCUAUUAUUAAUGAGCUCUUAUGGAAUUAAACAAAUGUAUAUAACAUUUUAAGACAAAUGCAGUAAUAAUGGUUAGUUUAUAUUUGCUUUCGUCAGUCUUUGCUAUAUUUGUAUUUAUUGCGUGUGCUGUGGGUUAUGAAAAAGGAUUUCAUAAGUAUAACAUUGUUUAAUAAUUAUUCAUAUGAAUGUAUAAAUCAAAGUAUGCGUAAUGCCAUGUGUAAUGUAGUGUGACAGUCAGUGUGUACUACUGUGUACUAUUCAGUAAAAUAAGUAAAUGAUCCAUUGGAAGCAAUAAGGAAACUCUCCUUUAUCUUUCUCGGCAUCUCCGUAGAAAGUUACAAUCUAUCGGUUUCCACUGUCCGUAGUCAUUUGUGCUCGGAGUCCAGCCAGCGAGUCUUCGGCAGAAAGAUCCAUGUAUACUAGAGUUGUUAUUUUGUUAAUCGAUCAAUUUGAACACUACGCACUAUAAUCUUUACACAACAUACAAAGUGCAAACCUUAAAAUGAUUUUGAAUACUAAUAAUGUGUACAUCAAUAGUAUUGUUUGAACCUUUAUUCACACCAGAGGUCAAAAGCCUUGAAUGGGAUUAUUGAAUUGAAGCAUUUUAUAUAAUUUCACACCAUGUAUAGAAAACACACACAGCUAGCUGUAGAUGCCAGUAGCAGGUACUAUAAAAGAGGUCAAACAACUCUAUAAGCUCUCCAUAUACCUUAUUACAGCUAGACAUACCUACAUAGGUCAGCCUGGGCAGCUACAGGCAACAUUUCCAAUACAAGUGAAAUGUCAACAUUUAUUUAUAAUCCCAGUGCAGCUAUAUGGCACCUUAAAUGUAUUAAAUGUAAUUAUUUAUCGUAGACGUUACCUGAGUAGCCAGCAAUCACAAGAACAGCCAAGUUGACAUUUAACGAUUUACUGUGACACAGAACUAGGACUUUUCUUCUUUGUCACAUUAGAAAACCAAUCUCAAUCUCUUAGGCAGUAUUAUAUUUUGCGUUCUCCAUUUAGCCUAUAUGACAAAUCAAUAAUUUGCAUCACAGAAAUGCAAAGUCAAUUUGAAUGUUUGUAGAUAACCCAACCAGUCCACAAACCUUGACCUGGAACAGCUGAUAAUAAUAUCAAAUGACAGAGCGAGACAUUUUGUGUACUCCAAACGAAGCACCUUUGUUGUCACGAACCUAGCAUUAGUCCAGACAAUCUCCAUUCCUGACAUGCAUUGCAAUGUAUUUCCUGAAAAGUAGAGACAGGACGUCAUGGUGAAUUUGCCAUAGCUUGUCAAAGGGAAAAUGGUCAAAUGCCAUUUGUCUGUAUCUUUCAGUUCUGCCUGGCCUCUCCAUUUCCAUCUAAACAACCAUCUCUCCCAUUUUCCUUUCUCCUACCUCCCGCUCCCUCUCAGAUAAAGAGACGCUGUCCGCCCUACCGCCACAUGCAGACACACAAAGACAGAAAGACACUGACUCUCUCUCUCUCACACACACACACACACACACACACACACACACACACACACACACACACACACACACACACACACACACACACACACACACACACACACACACACACACACACACACACACACACACACACACACACACACACACACACACACACACACACACACACAGUCUCCAAAAACACAUCUGCAAUCAUCAGUCGCUUUCUUCUUACGGAGCCAAAUUGAUUGGAGCUCGGCUGUGAGGCUAAUAGAGCGUUGAUCCAUAGAGGACUGUUAUCACAUUUGCAUGUUUCACUUGAUUACCAACCUGACACUGCCAGUAAAGUUACCACACGUGCACACUUGGGUGUCUUUGACAUUUUAAAUAACAAAAAGUAAACCUGCAGAAAGUAAACAAAAUUCCCCUUAUAUCGGAGCGUCCUAUAGGCAUCAUAUAGCAUUGUCUUACGUCAGAUAGCGUGACGACUCCGUGCCUCCGUCUGCAGUGCCGGUUGAGGGACGAGGGUCGUGUAGGAGUGACGCCACCUGUAGGAAGACAAUGAAGCACAGGAUCUGUUAGACAUACACAUUACGACGUAAACAGUAUGAGACGUUAUUGACAAACAAAACAAUGAAAUGUGUCCUAUACAUCUUUCCAUCAAUGAGAAAAUCUAAUUCAAAAUGAAUGGAGGAAGGAUAUGACACCAUGUGGUGGUUUUUGUGCUAAUUGGCCAUCCCAUCCUCCCGUUGCCAAAUGGAUAAUUGCUUUCCUGAUCAUUGGUGGAUCGACUACACUCCUCUCUUGUUUCUGUGCUGUUUCCUUAGCGAGCAGAGCCAUGCUUGCAUGCAGCUGUUAUGAACAGAUCAAUGGCAAGCAAACCUAAUGGGCUGUCCUCCACGUGCAUGUGCUUGCAAUGAUGGGGAGAAAGAGUGAAAGAGUUCCAAACGUGCGUCAGCUGCAACAUGAUCAUGAUGAGAGGGCUGUGUUUUCUAAAUGUUCUAGAAUCCUGGCUGUCCAUGGUCAUGUUCUAGAUUAGAACCUGCUCUAAGAAUACCUCACAAUUGGCCAUUUGCUAUUUUGCUCUGUAGGAGAGAUGAGAUGUCUGGCCUGGAUGGAACUCAUCUCUCUGUGUGUUCUGCUUUCCGCGAGAGGUGGCCUCAUUCUGGUGAUGUAAUGACGACAGAGUAGAGAUGGAUUUUGGUAGAUGGGGAUGGAGAGAGGAAGGAAGGCUCUGGAGGCCUGUUCAAUAUAGGAACGGAGACAGUCAAAAGCCACAUCCACAGCAAAUACAAUGUGCUCUCCUUUAACCGAGGUCUCACCAAAGUUCGUUAUUAGGUCAUUGUUACUGGUAUGGGAGUAAACAUGUUCUGUUUUAUAAUGUCCUUGCUGUGUCUCUGAGUAUUGAUUGAAUCCAGGGGUUUCAUUUCAUGUACAGUACGUCUAAUGAUCUGUGAGAGGUAAUUCUCGGUAUGUUAUCAAAUUGGCUUCGAGAAAUAUCCUCAAAGCAGGUACCUAGCCUAAUAUGGCAUUAUGAUAAUGAUAUACCCGCAUCCGAAGCAGGCUUAUAGUAUAUUAUGGUGUUUCCCAUUUGGACUCAGAGUAGCAUGAAGAAAUAACAUGCUAAAUAAAUGACAUGUUAGAGAUUCAUGAUUAUACUGCUCAGGCGUAUGAUUUCCCCAUCAUUCACAAAAACCGGAAUAGCUAUAUUUACCACACGGUUGUGUGUUGUGGUAAAUCUGUACAUGUCAAAUGGCAACCCUCAAAAGGAAGGCAACAUACAUACAGUGCCUUCAAAAAGUAUUCGCACCCUUUUACUUUUUCCACAUGCUGUUGUGUUACAAAGUUUGAUUGACAUUUAUUUAAUUGUCAUUUUCUGUCAACCAUCUACAAAAAAAAAUGAUGUAUUGUCAAAGUGGAAGGAAUAUUAUAACGUUUGUAAAAAAAAAAAAUCAAUACAAAUAAAACACUAAUACACAGCGUCUUGAUUAGAUAAAUAUUCAACCCCCUGAGUCAAUAGAUGUUAGAAUCACCUUUGGCAGCGAUUAGAGCUGUGAGUCUUUCUUUGUAAGUCUCUAAGAGCUUUCCACACCUGGAUUGUGCAACAUUUGCCCAUUAUUGUUUUCAACAUUCUUCAAGCUCUGACAAAUAUGGUUGUUGAUCAUUGCUAUACAACCAUUUUCAGAAGAACAUGUAACCCUCCUGUUGUGUUCGUUUCAUUUGAAUUAAUUCUGUGUUCCUGGUCCAAAAUGACCGCCCCAUUAUAGCGGAUUAUAAAUCCAUAAUAAUCCAUAUAUUAUCAGCUAAUGUUGUGUUAGAUGUUUUUAUCAACUUAAGUUAUUGUGAACAUUACAAGUUUUGAACUUCUAUUUUCUAUUUAUGGCCUGUAAGGCCUCAUUGACCUGAGCUCAUACAACUCGCUUUUGAGUAAAAAAAAAAAGCAUAAUGUAUGGAUUAUUUUGACUAUAACAAAUACUCAGAUGAAACAUUUUGUGCUAUUUAUCACAGACUACUUUGUGUCAAAGUUUAACAAGUACUCUCUUCUCACCAGUGUCAUGAUCAAAGAUAUGAUCAAGAGCCUCACAUACAGUAUAUCGUUUGGUCAUUGUGCUGCCACAGAAUGAAUUGUGAGCAAGGCCUCAAAAAAGCUUUAUAUACCAGAGCUGUGAGAAAAGAUCUAUAUAAUAUUGAAACAAUGUUGCGAUUGUAUGUGAGAAUGCCAAGAGGUAUGGUUCCUGUGGGGGAAAGGUUCCUGUGGGGGUUGCCAUGGAAGCCAAGAAGGGGAGUGAGGUGUGUGUGUGUGUGUGUGCUCAAACACACAUACAUGUGGGGGUCUGGGAGAGGAAGUGUGUCCAUCUGAUGAAUGGGCAUGUGCCUGAACUCAACUUUAUACACUAAUUGCAGUCUCACCCAUUCAUUUCUAAUGACCGGUCAUUUUUGACAGGGAACACCACAGGUGUACAAAAGUUACAUAAAACACCCAAAAUGUAAUAAAAAUCAUCAAAACGUAUUGUGUGUGUUCAGAUGCCCUGUGUAGACAUGGAACCUUACGACAAUCAGAUUAAAUGACCUACAUUUUCCAGAGAGAAAACUUGUGAAUCGGUCCAAUUCGACCAGAACCCAGCAGGAGGGUUUCAGUCAAAAUUAUUACUCAGCCACUCAAGAAUAUUCACUGUCUUCUUAGUACACAUCUCCAGUGUAUAUUUAACUUUGUGUAUAAGGUUAUUGUCCUGCUGAAAGGUGAUUUCCUCUCCCAGUGUCUGGUGGGAAGCAAACUUAACUUAACUUAGCUUUCCUCUGAGAUUUUGCCUGUGCUUAGCUCCAUUCUGUAGAUUUUUUAUCCUAAAACAAACUCCCCAGUCCUUCACGAUUACAAGCAUACCCAUAACAUGAUGCAGCCAUCACUAUGCCUGAAAAAACUGAGAGUGGCACUCAUUAAUGUGUUGUAUUGGAUUUUCCGCAAACAUAACACUUUGUAUUCAGGGCAAAAAGUUAGUUGCUUUGCCACAUUCUUUUGCAGUAUUACUUUACCGCCUUGUUGCACACAGGAUGCAUGUUUAGGAAUAUUAUUAUUCUGUACAGGCUUCAUUCUUUUCAAUCUGUCAAUUAGAUUAAGAUUGUGGAGUAACUACAAGGUUGUUGAUCCAUCCUCAGUUUUCUCCUAUCACAGCCAUAAAAUUCUGUAACUGUUUUAAUAAAGUCACCAUUGGUCUCAUGGUGAAUUCCCUGAAUGGUUUCCUUCCUCUCAGGCAACUGAGUUAAGAAGGACGGCUGUAUCUUUGUAGUGACUGGGUGUAUUGAUACACAAUCUCUAAAAUGUAAUUAAUGACUUCACCAUGCUCAAAGGGAUAUUCAAUGUCUGUGGGAUUAUUUAAGUUACUCUUUAAAGAUAUACUAUUAUGGGGUAUUGUGUGUAGGCCAGUGAUCAAAAAUCUAAAUGUAAUACAUUUUAAAUUCAGGGUGUAACACAACAAAAUGUGGAAAAAGUGGGAAUACUUUCUGAUGGCACUGUACAUCAUUCAUUGUACAUCUCUACCCUGAUGCUUUAUUCAUUUGUAUAUUUCUUCUAUAAAAAUUAGAGCAUGUGCCCAGCAUGUGCUUUAGAAUGCUUCCAUGCUCAUGCAAUAUUCUCUAUGUGGUGAAUUCCAAUGCUAAUUUCCUUAGCAUUUUGGCAUGUUUUUCUAGAUUUAGAACAUGAAACAACAUUUAUAAAGCAAACAUAUUUCAACUGGUUAAGCAUUUUUAGCAGAAUUGUGAUUAAAAUAGAUUUUUUAAUUGGGUUAGCCAUCAGUGACGGAGUUGACAAGCCACUGAUACUCAAAACAAACAUAUUUUUGCCUCUAAAAAUAAAAGUUCAGUAUAAACAUUUGUAAAAUAUGGAAAAGUAUUACUUUCAAAAUCCCCAAUAAAAACAUAACCAUUCUAUCAGAUAUUUUACUCCUCUGACGGAGUUGAUGUUUUACAGAGUUGACACAAAUAAAUGUUAUUUUUCAUUUAAGUGGUAUACACAGUAGCAAUUUUGAUUUUACUCAGUUGCUUUGUGACUCAAAAAAGUAAUUAAAUGUAACACAUUUGACCCAAAAUUAAUAUUCUAUUGUAAUCUAUAAGGCAAAUGGAGUUGACAGUUUAUGGUUGUGUCCAUGGUGAUUCUAAUAUUGUUUGUUUAAAAUAAAACGUUACAGAUCA